UUUAGCGGAGUGACCUGGCUUGUCACAAUAUUGACAUACAAGAGCUGCAGUGACUACAGAGGAUUUCUUGUUGUUGGAAGCAGCUGGAUCAGAGGGAUGAGGAAUAGAGUGGCGUCCCUGUCCAGUACCAUUGUGACGACAUUGAGCAUUAUUUGCUGUCACAGGCAUGCGAGUGGCGUGACUUUUUUCACGUUGUAAGUACAUUUCGAAGUCCACUAGCUUAUCAUGCAACUCAUUAAAGAGAAUAGGGGAGUUGCAAGUGCGAACAGAGGCAACAAUUUCCCGAUAGGAUGGUCUUAGACCAUUUAAAGUAUGAAUAACCAAGUCAAGGUCAUCAAGAGGGUGUCCAAUGAGGGCCAAUUCAUCAGCAAUGAACCGAAUGGACUGCAUAAAACAGGAAAUAGAAGACGUGCCCUUAGAGAUGGAGCUGAGACGUUCCUUCAGGGACAUGGCUCUAGACCGAGAUCUAUUGGAGAAGGCACGUUGAAGGGCAAGCCAAGCAUCACAGGAAGUGUCAGUAGGAGACAUAACAGAGCGUGCUUCAGGAUCACAAGAGCCAAAAAGAGCAAGAUAAAGGAGUUUGUCUUGGCGGAUCCAUAAGGAAAAAUGAGGAUUGGGUGAUGCAGAAGCACCAACGCCAAUGGUUUGAGGGGGACAAGGGGUUUCACCUGUCACAAAGCCAACAAGAUCACGGGCAAUGAGAAGAGAAUUGAUUUGUUUGUGCCAUGUAGGAUUUCAAUGCAGACGGAGCAGAGGGGUUAGAGGUAGCAGAUGCGGAAGCCAUAGAAGGAUUAGUGACACUGUUAGGCUGUAGGCUAGUCUGAUACCAUAAAGAGAUAACAAAUAGAAAAUACCGAAUAAGUUUACAAGGAGAUAUGGAGGUGGUUUGUCAAAUCCAGUGUUUCUCAGACCUCCGGAUUCCAAGGAAUGGGAAGUGCAUUGGACAAAAGAGAAUGGUGAGGUUUGGUUUCAAAAGGGUUGGAAAGAGUUUGUUGAAUAUUAUUCCCUGGAACACGGACAUUUUGUCUUGUUUAAGUACAAUGGAACAUCCCUUAUUGAUGUACUCAUACUUGAUCGUAGUGCCAUAGAAAUUGAUGAUGAAAUGGGCACUGUUGAUCCAAAUGUGGAAAAGUUGCAUGCAGAUAAGGGUGUUCGUUCUGAUCAUCAUCAGACCAAGGUUAGAGUUAGACCAAGGUCACCAUUGGUCUCUUCUGAACCUCGUAAUAAAAUGCCAAGUGGCAGUCAUCGGAAUGUGGAAAGAAACUUCAAUCUGCAAAAGUUGGAUGCAGAUGCCGUUGUUCAUAGUGAUGAAGGGGCCAAGUUUCGAAAAUCUGUGAAGCACCAGCCAAGAGGUGAGAAGGCUAUUGAAAGAACUUCAUCUUUGAAUACACCCAAGCUACUCAGAGCUAAGAAAGUAGCAAGGAAUUUUGUCUCAAACAAUGUUUUUUUCACAGUCGUCAUAACCCGGCCUCAGUUGGAAGAAGGUGCAUGGAAAGUUGUUCCCAAGUUCUUGGAUAUGGAGAGGAAAAAACAGAAUGUGAUGUUGCAGAUUGAGAAUCGGAUGUGGCCUGUGAAGUUGACAAAUGGUGGUGGUGAUAUGCAAUAUGACCGGUUCACUUCUGGUUGGUCUUUGUUUGCAAAAGAGAGUAAAUUGCAAGCUGGUGACAUUUGUAUCUUUGAGUUGAUUGACCCCGAUGGUCCAACUCUUGAAGUUCAUAUUACAAAAGCUAGAUAGAUCUAGUUAGUAACUUAUAUAUGCCCUUGAAGCUAUUGCAUAUUCUCUGUUUUUAAUUUAUUCCAUGUAAUGGUGAAUUAAAGUGGCACUUGUCUAUGAUUAAUUUUGAGAAAUUUGAAUGAAAUAUUUAU